UCAAGUUUAUUGCAGCUAAUCAUCGAAAUCGUGCUUUGAAUCAAUCAAUCCUGCGUUUGGGCACUCAGAAAGCCUGGUUUCGGUUGAGAAUUUCAGUGGGCAAGAACGAAUUUCUGACUCCGAAGGCGAUUGCGAAUCGAAUCAAGGCGAAGGGUCUGCAGAAACUUCGGUGGUACUGCCAGAUGUGCCAGAAGCAAUGUCGGGACGAGAACGGGUUCAAGUGCCACUGCAUGAGCGAGAGCCACCAGCGCCAGAUGGAGGUCUUUGGCCAAAACCCCCACCGAAUCGUCGACGGCUACUCCAAGGAGUUCGAGAGAGAGUUCCUCGACCACAUCAAAUGCAGCCACUGCUUCAGUCGCAUUGCCACCACCGUGGUCUAUAACGAAUACAUUGCUGAUCGCCACCAUAUUCACAUGAAUUCGACUCAGUGGGCUACCUUGACUGAGUUUGUCAAGUAUUUGGGGCGCACUGGCAAGUGCAAGGUUGAUGAGACCCCAAAGGGCUGGUUUAUUACAUAUAUAGAUAGAGAUUCAGAGACCCUUUUCAAGGAAAAGUUGAAAUGUAAGCGAACUAGGGCCGAUCUAAUAGAUGAGGAGAAGCAAGAGAGAGAGAUAAGGAGGCAAAUUGAGAGAUUUUGUUUUUGGAUGUCUACACGAGGUGGUAGAGGUCGUGUUGGAAGUAGAAGUGUCGGUAAGGGCACAACAGUUCCGUUAGCACCUGCCCUUAUAACAUCGGCUGUAGGCGAGGAAGCUGCACGUGAGAUUGUAAGGGUAGUAAGAGAUGCUCUAGCUUGCAAUGAGAGAGACCAUGGUCAUACCCUUAAGCUUACCAUGGAGUUUCUUCACUCUAAUCCGCCUGAGUUUUUGGGAGAGCCUAAAUCGUUGGAGGUAGAAGAUUGGUUAGAACAAAUUCCCAAGACUCUUGAUAUGCUCAGAGUCGAGGACGAGGAGUUGAGAGUUAAUUUGGCUGGUUUCCAACUAAAGGGAGACGUCGGUUAUUAG